GUAAUAUGGUGGAUGUAUGAUUUUCACGUGAAAGUGGAUCGGUAUCAGUGCUUCUUGGGAAAAGCGUGAGGUGAUGGACAGAGGUUGACGCGCUGGUGUCCUGUGACGGAAGGAAGGACAAAGGGAUAGGCGGGUGGGCGUGGCAGAUCUCUUCUGUCCCGUUGCUAGGCAGCCGGCCGUACAGUACGCACCGCGACGCUCAGCGCCGGGCGAUGGGUGUAGGAGCAUAUGGAAGGCUGACUUGUUGGACACGAGUCACCGCCGAGGAAACUUCUGUCGUAGCUGUCGUGAUCCUGCAGCUCCUUGGUCGAGACUUCACUUGCACGUGCACCAGGUGAAGACGUCCUGCAUACGUCACGGCGAAGUGUGCCCCCACAGUCGAUCUCCAGUUGGUCAUCACGUUUUCAAGACGUUUCGGAGUGAAUUGUAGCCAGUUGUAAAGCUGCCUGGGUGUUCAACUGUAGAAAUAAAUCUUUCGUUUAGAACAGACGAUGAAUUCGGCUCUGUUAAUCACUAAAAUAAAAUAUUUUUAAUAUUUUAUUCAGUUGUUAUGUUGCAUUAAUCAAUAUAAUUCUAUAAUUUGUUAUUAGGAACGGAUUAUAAAUUCCUCGGCCGUUCUCUAACUUAGGCCGAGGGUUCGUAUACAGAUUGUAUAUUCAUUGUUAAUUCUGUUUGACUGUGGAAAGCGAUAUAAGCAUUUCAGUAUUCAUAUCAUCACCCCCAAAACUUCUAGUAAGUUCUCAUAGUAUAUGCGAAGUUUGUCCCUUUCUAUUCUAUAGUUCAUAUUUGUUACUUCGCGUCAAAGUUAUUGUCUGUGUAUGAAAAUUUAUAGAUCUUUAUGUACCAUCUUUCCGUAAUAUGUGGCAAGUUAAAUAAUUCAGCCGUGAUUAACGUCUCUUAAAAAUUAACUUAAAAAUAUAUUUUAUGUAUCUUACAUUCGCCUAAUUGAAUCAACAGGAAAGAUAAUCCAUUCCUUAAUACUAAAGUAUUUGUUAAAGCAAAUUCGGAUACUAAAAUUCAUCUAAACAAAGUAAUAUUUUUGUUGUUACUAGCAGAUAAUAUUAUUGUUAAAUUACGUAAUCCUAAAGACCUUCAGAUGCAGACGAAAUUCUUUUGUAUCGAUUUAAUUUGAAUCUCUGUAAUUUAGGUUCUCGUAAUUUGUAAUUUUGAUUUUUAAAGUUUUAUAAAAAAAUUCUUCUUUCAUACAAUUUUACUUUCAUUCGCGUAUUAAUAUUUAAGGAACUGCCACAAAAACAAUUGUGUUCAUUUCUGCAGUAAUAAAUAAACUUUGAUGUGAUUCACGUAAUUUUUGUUUGUGGGAUAACUCACUGGCUACAUUUAAACUAACGAAAUUGACAGAAAACGAAGUCAAAAUUUCACGCUGACAUCUUCAUAUAAUGACAACAGAAAUUUGUUACUAAGCUAAGAUUAAUUCGCGAUUCUCUUUCGUAUGUGUAAAAACAUAAGAAGAAACUAAGUGCGUUAUAUAUUAUUCUAUUCUAUUUGUUUUGAAUUUCGAUACGUAGUUUUCCAGUAGGCGUUGCUUAAAACAUCAAACUACGUUUCCCGACGUUAUUUUGUUCCGGCUGUGUCGAAAACGAGGGCUGUGGGAGCGACAGUCUUGUGUUACGUCAUUUCAAUACUCAGUCGGAAUUGGGGGCACAGUGAGAAGACACGAUGGGCACCCCCACGCCUCCUCCCCGGGGGAAUGGCAGCCCGUGAUGUACGGAAUGGUGAGCAGUCACGCGGGGAAGCACGAACAGCAAAACCAGGGCGGCACGAGCAAGGUGUCCCGGUCGCUGUACCGGAGGGUUGUCAACUACGUCAAGCAGGCGUGGACCGGAGUGAAGUUUGCCCUAGACUCGGAGUUUGAUGACCUAGAGACCCCUCCGCGCUAUCGUCCAGACAGCCUGGAGUCCCUGUGCAGGGCGACGAGGUUCACCGAGGCGGAGCUGAAAAGAAUCUACCGAGGCUUCAAGGCGGAGUGCCCCACGGGUGUCGUUCGUGAGGACACGUUCAAGGGCAUUUAUUCCCAGUUCUUUCCACAAGGAGCCAACGCGAAUCUGUAUGCCCAUUACGUAUUCAACACUCUGGACCAAGACCACAGCGGGCUGCUGAGCUUCGAGGACUUCGUACAGGGUUUGUCCAUUCUGUCGCGAGGUUCCCUGGAUGAGAAGUUACGUUGGGCUUUCUCACUCUAUGACAUCAAUGGUGACGGACGUAUCACUCGCAGUGAGAUGACAGACAUCGUCACGGCCGUGUAUGAGCUGAUGGGAAAGUUCACAGAGCCGUGUGUCGACGAGACCACAGUGCGGGACAAGGUGGAUUGCAUCUUCCAGAAGAUGGAUCAAAACAGAGAUGGCAUUGUGACGCUGGAGGAAUUCCUGGAUUGUUGCAUGAGCGAUGAAGACAUCGCUCAAUCAAUGGCAGUCUUCGACUCAGCCUUCUGACAUACGCCUGUUCGCGGCAACCCACCGCCAUCUUGGUAGUAAGGAAAUUAACAGAGCCGUCCAAGUACGCGAGGGAUGUCAAUAGAGCGCGACACUUGGUGACGGAAGUCUACAGGCUGGCUCAAAGAGUUGCUCAAUGGUCUACACUCAAUUUCACCAAAAAUUUCGUGAUCUCUCACUCACGCAAGAGUUUCAUCACGCCUUUCCGCGGUGUUAAUUCAAAGACGCAGAAUAAGUCUCUUUCCAGUGGUAUCUGCGCUGCAAUUGAGAACGUGCAAUCAUGGAAGACGUAUUUGACGUCAUGUAGCCCUCGUUUGACAAGGAAUAAAUAUAGAAAUAUAUCGUGAACUGCCCCACUUACAUGUAAAUUGUAUUAUUUCAAUGUUGAAAUUAUGUAUGCACGUGUGUAUGUGUGUGGUGAGUUAAAUAUUUACUUUAAAAUUUAUUACAAUUUCUGUCAGAAUGUCAUUGAUGUUAUCAGUUUAUUGUCUUAAACUCCUAUUCUCUAUCCUUGGCCAUUCGUGUUUAAUUUGUGGUUGAAGUGGUUGACGUUUAUAAGAUUCGAGCUUCUUGCUGUGCUGAAGAUGGCUUUGGUAUUCUGGGUUGUGACGUCAUCAUGUGGACACGUAGAUGAAUGCCAACUUUUCGAAGGAAUACAUUGCUUUAAAUUUCAGGACGAAAAUCCACCAUGAUUGUAUUGCAACCAAAGAAUCUUGAGGUGGGAGUGACAUUAGUGCUAUUUAAUGUAGGGUUAUGGCAUGAAAAUUUAUCUGAGAAAUAUUCUCAGCGAAAUUUUAGGCAUCGUCUUUGUUUCCGAUCACGUGUCGCCACAAAAUUUAUAGCAGUUAAGAACCGCACUAAUGUUUAACUUUCACCAAGACGAAAUUGACACAAAGAUUAUGUAAUCUCUUUAUAUAGGAAAAUGGAGUGGCACAGUUGUUAAAUAAUUUCUUGAGAAUCGAUUAAAAAAAAAACAUUGAAGUUUUGCGUUUGAUAUUAAACAUUUAAUGGUAAGGACUGUACCAUUGUGAUAUGUAUUUAAUUUUCUUUGUAAACUUUGCAGAAAUCUAAAGUUUUAUUGAACAUGGUAGAAAUUAAAAUUAUCGCUUUCGCUUGAUUAAGACUUCCAAGUAUUUGCGACCUCUAAACUAAAUGAAGCGAAUGAAGUUUAACACGAAUUUAAGGAAUUACAUGAGUAUGUUCCUGUCCAAUUUUGCACUAUUUACCUACAGAAUUUCAAACAUUGACAUUAUGGAUGUAAGAAUCAAUAAAUGAGGAAGAUUCCUA